UCGGCGUACCAGAUCGAGGGUGGAUGGAACGAAGAUGGCAAGGGUGAAUCGAUCUGGGACCAUCUAACGCACGUCACACCUGACAAAGUGGCGGAUGGUUCGAGUGGGGACAUCGCCUGUGACAGCUACCAUCAAUGGCGACAUGACGUAGCAAUGGUGAAGCAGCUCGGAGUGCGAUACUAUCGCUUCUCGAUUUCCUGGCCACGGAUUAUGCCGACCGGUAUGGGCAAUGAGGUGAACGAGAAAGGGCUGCAGUAUUACAGCAACCUCAUCGACGAGCUGCUUCUCCAUGGCAUCGAGCCUAUGGUGACGCUGUACCACUGGGAUUUGCCACUUAGGCUACAUCAGCUUGGAGGCUGGAUGCACCCACAGAUCGUGAAGUACUUCGUGGAGUAUGCGAGAGUUGUAUUCCUCAGACUGGGCGAUCGGGUGAAAAUCUGGACGACGAUCAACGAACCGUGGCACAUCUGUGAGAAUGGGUACGGCCGAGAUGACAUGGCUCCAGGAUACAACUUCCCGGGAGUUCCGGCCUACAUCUGCGGGCACUAUGUGUUGCUAGCGCACGCAGAAACUGUGCAGUUGUAUCGAUCUACCUUCGCGGAUGCUCAGCAAGGCCAAAUCGGCAUAUCGCUGGACGCACGUUGGCCGGAACCGGCACGUCUGUAUCUGCGGGAUGAUUUGGAAGCCUCCGAAUGGCAACUUCAAUUCCACCUCGGUUGGUUCGCUCAUCCCAUUUUCACCGACCUUGGAGACUAUCCUGAGAUAAUGAAGCAACGUGUGGCGAACUUGAGUGCUGAGCAAGGAUUCGUCCAAUCGCGACUUCCGGAGUUUACGGAAGAGGAGAUUAAUCUCUUGCGAGGAUCAUCGGAUUUCUUCGCCCUUAACACCUACACGACAUCGCUAGUGCGCAAGAACGACGCGAACAACUCUGCUGGAUAUCCGACGCCUUCAUACCUGCACGAUAUGGGUGUGGUGGAGUCAUCUGAUCCCGAUUGGCCGGAAGCGGAAGAGACCUCGUGGAUUAAGAUAGUGCCGUAUGGAUUGCACAAACUCCUGAACUGGAUCAAGGAUACGUACAACAGUCCCGUUAUCUACAUAACCGAGAACGGCAUCGGAUCUGGUGGUGGGACGAAGGAUCCACAGCGAGUGAGCUACUUCAAUGGCUACCUAAAUGCCGUUCUCGACGCCAUCGAGGAUGGAUGUGACGUUCGAGUGUAUGUGGCCUGGAGUCUCAUGGAUAAUUUUGAAUGGCGCGAUGGCUACACACAAAAGUUUGGACUAUAUUACGUCGACUUUGACGACCCGAAACGCUCGCGAUACGGUAAAAUGUCCGCCAAAGUAUUUGAGCACAUCGUAAAGAGCCGUACGAUUGAUUUGAACUACUAUCCGGAACCGGACGUAUUGAUAACGUGGAAUAAGGCUAACGGAUAUAUGCCGUUGCCAGAUUGGUUGGUGUUUGUAUCUGUAACUGUGGUUGCAACCCUCAUGCAACGGAUGGUGCAAGCAAUUUGCUAAGAAUGCUUGGAAUAUUCUGUAGCUUUGUGUAUGAUGGUGUGUUGAAAUCACUUAAAUAAAUUGUUUUCUUAUAAGUGCCUGCGUCAUGCACACA